ACUACUUUAGCAGUGUAGUAAUAUGCACUAGAUUCUCCAGCUUUCAUGCUAAAUUACAGUUUUGCACUCGUGUUUGAGGCAGGGACUUUUAAAUAAUGAGGCGGCUGCUGGUAGUUUAAACAUUUACUGACUGCUCAUUAAUUAUGCUGACCCGAUGUUUUCGGCGACUGUUAAACAAUCUCCCCUCCUGUUCAGCCCUUGUGGAACAUGACUGGAAAGUUAAGAUUGAUGCCCAGUUACGCAAAAACGUAAAGCUGUUUUGACGUCGAGCAUUUACUUUUAAGAUUUAAAAUUAAAAUAAAAAUGUUUUUCUUUUGAAGAAACCAACUUCUUUGCCAUCAAAACUUGUGCGCGCUUAUUUGUCCUGUUGUGGCAGAUAGCGAUGGUUUUCCUUUGGAUCUAAGAAACGGGGUUGUGGGCGUGCUUGCGGCGCAAGAAUGGAGGAGAGAGAAAUCAAAUGUAGACGGUAAAUCCCUCCCGGAUAGAGUCUUCAGGACUGCAUGAACUUUUCCAGCCUUGUGGAAAAUACUUUUUCAGGGAGGAUGAAUAAAUCCGGGUCAAGAUCGAUUUCUUCUCUGCCCCCAGAGCCGGUGGAAAUUCUGCGACGCAAGGCGGGUACUAGGAGAGUCAAACUUAAUGUUGGAGGACUUCUGCACGAAGUUCUGUGGAGAACGCUGGACAGGUUACCCCGCACGAGACUAGGAAAGCUACGAGAUUGCAACACCCAUGACUCAUUAAUCGAAAUAUGUGAUGAUUACUGUCUGGAAGACAAUGAGUAUUUUUUUGACAGGCACCCCGGCGCAUUCACUUCCAUCCUAAAUUUUUAUCGCACGGGUAAGUUGCAUAUGAUGGAAGAAAUGUGUGCCUUGUCCUUUAGUCAAGAGCUGGACUACUGGGGCAUUGACGAGAUAUACCUGGAGUCGUGCUGUCAGGCUCGGUACCAUCAGAAGAAGGAGCAGAUGAACGAGGAGCUGAAACGAGAGGCGGAAACUCUGAGGGAAAGGGAGGGGGAAGAGUUUGACAACACGUGCUGUGCAGACAAACGAAAGAAACUCUGGGAUCUUCUCGAAAAGCCAAGUUCAUCACUUGCAGCAAAGGUCCUGGCCAUCAUAUCCAUCCUAUUCAUCGUGCUUUCGACGAUUGCCUUGUCCCUGAACACACUUCCCGAGCUGCAGGACAUAGAUGAGUUUGGCCAGGUAACAGACAACCCCCAGCUGGCUCACGUGGAGGCUGUUUGCAUUGCCUGGUUCACCAUGGAGUACCUGUUGCGCUUCCUCUCUUCACCCAACAAGUGGAAAUUUUUCAAGGGGCCCUUGAAUGUCAUAGACUUGUUGGCCAUCCUACCAUACUAUGUCACGAUCUUCUUGACGGAAUCCAACAAGAGCGUGCUACAGUUCCAGAAUGUGCGACGGGUAGUGCAGAUCUUCCGUAUCAUGCGAAUCCUUCGCAUCCUCAAGCUAGCACGACACUCCACUGGUCUGCAGUCUCUAGGCUUCACACUGAGACGUAGCUACAAUGAGCUAGGCCUACUCAUCCUCUUCCUUGCCAUGGGCAUCAUGAUUUUUUCUAGCCUGGUGUUUUUUGCUGAGAAGGAUGAGGACGACACCAAGUUCAAAAGCAUCCCUGCCUCCUUCUGGUGGGCCACCAUCACCAUGACAACGGUAGGCUACGGGGACAUCUAUCCAAAGACCCUCCUGGGAAAGAUUGUUGGUGGCUUGUGCUGCAUUGCUGGAGUACUAGUGAUAGCCUUGCCUAUCCCAAUCAUUGUGAACAACUUCUCUGAAUUCUACAAAGAGCAGAAGAGACAGGAGAAAGCCAUCAAACGAAGAGAAGCUCUGGAAAGGGCCAAGAGAAAUGGCAGCAUUGUGUCCAUGAAUAUGAAGGAUGCAUAUGCCCGCAGCACUGAGCUCAUGGAUGUGGUCAUUGAGAAAAAUGGGGAGAACAUGGGGAAGAAGGAGAAGGUGCAGGACAAUCACCUAUCGCCUACACGACUGAAGUGGACACCAAAGCGCACAGCCUCAGAAACAAGUUCAAACAAGUCACUGGAUGGGAAAAUCUCUGGCUCCCCAGACAAGGCCCGGCCAUGUAGUCCACAGAACCUCAGUGUACAGAAGCUCGAGGAAAUGUAUAAUAAGAUGGCCAAGACUCAAUCACAGCCCAAUCUCAACAGCAAAGACAAAGGCUCAUCGUUAAAAGCUGCCAAGCAGAAAGAUGAAAUUGAGAUGAGCAACAUCCUGGGCAGGGCUGACCCUCUGCUGACCACACCUGCAGGCAUUGUGGACAUGAGGAGCAUGUCCAGCAUCGACAGCUUCAUUAGCUGUGCCGCAGAUUUCCCAGAGAGCUCACGCUUCUCGCACAGCCCUGUUGCCAGUGGCUUAGUCAGUACCAGCUCCAGACCUGAAACCACCCUGGAACAUGAGCCUAUGCUAUCUCCCCGCAACACAAAGUCACACAAGCUUGGUUCUAUUCAAGAGAUAAGUGCCAAGUGUGAGGGCUCUCGACACAACAUUUUCUCUGAAAGCCCACGUGGUCUGUGCCUUGGGAACCCACUCAAGACCCGUUCCCUGAAAGUCAAUUUCAGGGCUAGGGACACUGGCCCCUCUCCUUUGGCACAGGGGACUGGUGCAGCUCAAUCUGAAAGCUCGGCUUUCUCAGAUCAGUCGCUUUUGAGUCCUGAAGUGUCUGUUUACACAACAGCCAGUAGUAAGACUCCACCCAAGUCCCCAGAGAGUCGCAUGCCUACAGUCUUCACCUUCCAUGACGCAUCAAUCAGCAAGUAUAUUGACGCUGACACUGACGACGAGGAUCACCUACAAGAUGGAUCUGAAUCUAGUCCCUCAAAGAGGCUGCUGAAGAGCACUGGUCCAAAGUUCAGCAUCAACAGCAACUAUCAACGGGGGGCCAACCACCUGGAGCUUUCCCAGAGGGUGCUGGGUCAGAACUGUGUCCUCCCAUCAGAGAAUCGCCUGGGCACAGGGCAGGAGAACCACGUGACUCAGAACGUGCGGGUUCCCCUGAAAGAAAGGUUCCGCUCCAGCAGCUACGACGAGAGCAUCUGAAAUUCAGGGGAUCUGGGCCAGAGAACAGGCUGGAACAAAAUGGGGUGGGAGGGAUGAGCAAGUGGAAUGACAUAAAAUAGACAUAUGAAACACACCAGGCGCUUUAUUGCAUGUCACAUCAAACUUCUGACUAAGACACAGGCAUAGCCAAGGUUCAGAUACUCUCUGCUUUGACUGGUGGGGGCUUUAGAAGUUGCAUGAGAACCUUCCCUCUCCAAUAUUCUCCUGCUCCGCCUUAUGGACAGAGCUGCACAGCCUGUGGAGCCAUAUAGCAGGACCGGGCAGGAUAGGAUGGCCAGAGCACAAGGUCCAUGAGAAGGGAAUAGAAAUAGGAGUGUCGCUGCGCUCAAAGGGAAUGCGUUUCACCCUGAGAUGGCUCAGUAAGCCUUAGUCUGCUGAAGCCCAUGCCACACCUUAGCUUAGGCACAAAUGAUAGGAGACUGAGUUUGAUGCAAUUGUGAUUUACUUUGUAGGUUUUUUUUGUCCUAAAAACUGGCCUUAGUUAUAUGUGUGCGUGUAUGCAUACAAAUGUUUAUUGUGUGUCUGUAUGGAUAUAUCUGGAGAUAUUUCAAGAUAUAUAUUCCAAUAUUCAUAUAAACACACCUCAACAUGAAUUUUAUCAUUAAUUUAACCUUUUAAAUUUAAUUUCAUGAAAAAUAUAAGAUAAUCUAUAGCAAAAUCUGCUUUCAUUGCCUGUUUUUUCAUGACUGUUUAUGUAAGUAGAAUUAUGUGUGCUGUUAUCAUGAAAGAGAUCUGUGCUGUGACUAGGUACAAAUGCUCAUAAUGCUCACAUUCGAUUCUUACCAUGUGUGACAUCAUCAGUAUGAUGCUUCUCAAAUUCUGGGUACACAGUAUAUGCACCUUUCACCUGUUUCAGUGUUUUCAUCAGUCUCACUGGGAGUCAGGACGAAAGGCCUACAAUGGCUUUUGUAAGGUUCCUGAGAUUCUGAACUUUAUCUGCAUUUUCCAAAUCAAGGCUCUCAGCCUUGCAUGGAAAAAACAACGCUUAAAAAAAGCACUGAAAGAAUUCUGAUUAUCAAAGCACUUAGCACUGAUUUAGGACAGCAGACGAGUUAUAUAAAAUAGUAUAUCAGGAAUAAUUUAAAUUAUAUAAAGAGAAAAACAUCAUAUGAUUAUUACUUUGAGAACUUGAAGAAGAGGACAGAUUUAUGUUUAGAAAAAGUAUCAAAAUGUAUAUUUUUGAACUAUUUUGUAAGGACCAGGAGCAAUUAUCAGAAAUUGUGAAAUCAUACUUAUUAAUGUAAAGAGAAAAUGACUUUAUGUUGUUCGCCAUCAUCUUCUGUCUCACAUUAAUCUGCUUUUUUGUGAAGAGCCAAAGAGAUUUUCUUUUCAGCUGGAUUGGGAGAGCGGCAGCAGCUAGUUAUGUCUGGCUCUAGGGUAACGUACACGGAUACACAGACUGCAACAUGAAAACUUCUGUCUGGCAACUCCAGAGCAGCAGAGGAGGAGAGAAAGGAAAAGCAGAAGUGAAACAGUGGAGGGUCUGCAUUGUAUCUCACAGCCAGAGAGUAAUUCAACAUUGCGCUGGAUGCAGUCCACAUCGAGGACUGCGGAGGGAAGAUCAGCCGACAGCUCCUCUGGACCAGCUUACUCUUCCUUAUGUGCAGAACACGUGUAUAUAUGUACACACUCUCACAUGCAUGCGUGAGCACACAAACACACGCACACACAUUUCCUUCGACUGUAUCUGAUCAUGUAAACAUCAUGACUAUCCCAAAUUCUCAUGCACUUUAUAAGAACUUUACUUUGAUAUUUCUAAAAGAAAUGUAUGUAGCAGCUCAUUUGAUGCACAGAGACAUAAUCUUAAAAAGAAAUCGUGACCUCAAGGUUUAUUUUUCCGCAUAUUUUUCUAUUUCUGUUGUACUUCUGUGCUUUGGUGUUAAAAUAGUACAGGAGAUAUUUUGUGCCUUGUGCUUCAAAGUCGUGAUGUUUUCCAAACAAACAAAUGUGUCAUGUUCCUUGCAAUCAGCCUUCACAUUAGGAAGCCCGAUUUGCAAUUAAAAAAUACAUCUCCUCAAGCGAACACCAAUAUGAAUGAAGGGCAGCCGGUAAUGUUCUCACAAUCAAUCCCAGGCAAAACGACCCACCCAGGUAGAGGAAAAUAUGCAAAAGCCAGUUUAGUUUCCAUGGCAACCUACAAUGGCUCGUAGUCACGGUGACAGUCCUUCCCAGUGCCCGUCCCUGUUAUUAUUCACCUGAUUCACCGACUGGCGCCUCAAGUGUCUUAUUUUCACACGGCAUCUAAUACAUUACUGCAGACUUACAGGCAAAUCCAGAAAUGCUUAUUCACCCAUGAGGUUCAGAAACACACAUUACUCUGCAGCCAGAUCUUUGGAGUCAUCGUGAGUUCAUGAUGGCGGGUGAGGUGGAAGCAAGAGGAAGCCCCUACGAUGAUAUCUUGGCACCCCUUCCAGAGUGGUCCCCAUUUUCCGGGGGCGGAACUCCACUGCCACAGUAUCCAGGCACAUGGAGUUUUCACUGUUUAUCGUGGCAUCAAUAAAACAUGCAAAAGGAACAUGUCUGUUGAGCUCUGAGGUCUAAGCCCUCUUGGCUGGAGAUGAAAGGUGUCAGAAAAAAAUGUAUCUUCCCCUUCACACUGUCACUCGCUGGUUGUUUCACAUCUGAUGCUUUAGCUGCUAUAUUUGAAUCUGCCAUCGUGGGUCUUGUUUACACAGGGCGGAGCACCAUCGACUAAUAGGGAAAAAUGUCAUUACACUUAACAGGAUUAACAUGCAAUUCAAUCUCUUUGGUUUGUAUUUAAACACUGCAUGCAUUUCUGGCUUAUUCCAUUCGACCUGCUCAAAGCUCCGGCCACAUUAUAAUCCGUUCAGGUUCCACGGCCCCAAAGGAAGGAGAAGCUAACAAAGAUGAAGAUAAUUGCCAUCAUUCGCCAGUUUUUGAUAAUUAUGUGUAUGUGUGUGCUGUUUCCUCCACAAAGAGCAGAAAGACUGUAAAGUCAGCUUUUGUGUCUCUCCAUCUAAUAAGCCAUCUUUUCUAUAAAUACCAGCAUGUGCUGGCAGGAAGAAGGAUUACACCAUUGAGAUGGGUUUGGUUUCACCCCUGCCUUUGGUGGUGGCUGUCUCUGAGCUCUUGAAAAUUAAACUUUUGUCAGAUGCAAAAUUUGGCCCGGUGCUUGAGUUGGAAGAGGGAGAGGUCAGCAGAACAGAAGGGAAAGCUCUGUGGUGUAAACACAUCUGAACCACACCUUCUUUUUUGUCAUCAAUCAGAAUUAAUGUAUGUCUAGCCCAGCACACGUUCCCUUAACACAUAGAUAAAAAGACCAUGCUAUUUAAUUAAUAAUAUAGAUAAUUUUAUUCAAAGUGAUGUACAGUUGAGAAAGUUGGGUCAGCCAGUCCCGGGUGCAACUGGAGUUAAAGGCCCCACUCAGGGCUCCAGAGGUGACAUCACAAUGCUGGGCACAAGAUUUGAACUGGCAGCCUUCUGGUCACCGGUACAGAGCCCCUGACCCUCAGAGCCACACAGCACCUCAUUAACAUACAGAGCAGGGACUUGGAAUUUAGUAAAACCUUUAAAAAAUCCGUUAGGUUUAACAAGGGAUCAAACAGUGUUUUCUAUAUGCAUCUAAAAAAAUAUUCCUAAUGCAUGAUUUGAUAUUUGCCGCUUGUCUGCCUUUACAUACAAUUUUUCCCCAUGUUCUUGUCACUGCUAUGUGAACAGAGAAGAUCAAUACUAUUUUCAUUGGUGUUUAAAGCAUAAAAUGUAUAAGCCAUCUAUUACUGGGUGAGGUGAUGCGGUGUGAUGGCAAUCAGUGUGCUGUGGCGAGCCCUGGCUGGAAGGCGAUGACAGACAGGCAGCCGCCCUGCUGCGCCUUCCCCUUCCUGCUGCGCCUUCCCCUUCCUGCUGCGCUGUGGCCCACACAGCUUCACACGCGCUUUCACACACUGCUUCGUCACGCUCCAGGUAAACACUGUGCUCCAGGUAGACAAGUAGGCGAAACAGACCCAGUUUGUGAGUCAAACAAAAAUUACAACAGUUAAUUCAUUUUUUACGUCAUCUGCUUCCCUCCUCCCACAUGAAACGUUCCUAGCUAAUAAUGGACUGUGACAAUGAUGCUGCUCCUUUGGAAGAUAUUUUCUUGAUGCCUGUUUGAUUGUUUCUUUUAUGGGCACUUUAUAUUAGUCAGCAAUAUCUCUCUCCUCAGAUGAGCUCAGCGUCUGGGCAUUUCCUAUCUUCAUUAGUGCACAAGACCGAUGCAUUGUUUCUCAAAAAGGAAGCAGACAGGCGCUGAAAUGUUAUAUUUUAAGCAGAAAGCACAAUCCUUGUGACUCGCUUUAUUUGGUUUAUUUGUUUUAGUAAAAAAAAAAACUGAAUAAAAAAAAGGGGAGCAGCCAAAUGUGACGUAUAUUAAUUAAUGACACAUUUAUCUUACCCACUAACGGCCAUCUCUUACAGAGACUCCACCCACCUGCUCGCCCACAAUGUCGUUUGUCAGUAUCAAGGUUGUUUGUUUUGUAUGGUUUCCUACCUUGUUUCUACCUGUCGACUUUCUAAACGGUUAUUUCUGUACGGUGUCACGUCUGUGGAUGCAUGAGAUGCUUUAGGUGGCGCCACCUACAGUUCCCAUACUGUCCUGCAAAGAAAAUGUCUAAAUGUCUGAGGGACUUUUUAUUUCUUUCUAAAGUGAU